UUGCCCCCCUACUUUGUAAGUAUGUAAGUAUACCCCUACUUUUUAUUAUCCACAUCUUACAUUACAAAACUGAUAUACAAAGUCCUAUGUUCUAUUCUAUGUCCUGUGUUAUGUGUUGAGUGUAAAUGGAAUUUUUAAAAAUUUUUAUUUCAGUUACCACAGUGUUCUUUAUUGAUGAUCAUGUGUCUAUAACGUGAUCGCACUCCGAGUGCGACUAGUAAACAAACGCGAUAUCAUCCUUAUUGCAACAUCACCGCUAUCAUCAUCAUAUAAUAGUAUAAUAUAUUACUCCAGGAAUGGCUCCAGCACCUAGUAAAUUUUUAACUAAACAAAAUGUCGCUGGUGCAUUAGCAAUCAGUACAUUGAUUUGGUUACUUAAACGCAAAAGAAAUAAACGUUCAAUAAAAUCAAGAGAUUUGUGGCCAACGAAUGAUGUACAGUAUGUCAUCAAAGAGGAAAAGCCUAAAAGCCCACCUAAAGCCCAUGUCAAUGCUGCUUUUUUCAAACAACUCCGUGUAUUGCUAUCCAUUGGUAUCCCCGGAUUAUUUACACCUGAAACCGGCUUUAUUUUAUUGGUCGCUGGAUCACUCGUAGCAAGAUCACUAUGUGAUCUAUGGAUGAUUCGUAUUAGUACUCUUAUUGAGGGGACGAUUGUUAAUAUGGAUGGUCCAAUGUUCAAAAAACGGCUUUUGACAUUUUUAGCUGCUUUGCCUAUGAUAUCGAUUGUGAAUAAUAUUUUAAAAUAUGGAAUUGGUGAAAUGAAAUUAAGGUUGAGAACUAACAUAACAAGGCAUUUGCUAGAUCAAUAUCUCAAAGGUUUCACCUACUAUAAAAUGACUAAUUUGGAUACUCGUAUUGCCAAUCCUGAUCAAUUACUCACAACUGAUAUUGACAAAUUUUGUGAUAGUUGUACAGAUUUGUACAGCAAUAUUGCCAAGCCAAUAUUAGAUAUUUCGAUUUAUGUAUACAGAUUAACAUCAUCUUUAGGUGGAAAGACUCCUCUAUUGAUGUUAGGAUAUUUGCUAGUAGCUGGUAGUUUUCUUACACACUUACGGAAACCAAUAGCUUCAAUGACAGUAAAAGAACAACGUUUAGAGGGAGAAUUUCGGCAUAUAAAUUCACGCCUCAUUACCAACUCUGAAGAAAUAGCAUUCUAUCGUGGAAAUAAUCGAGAAAAAUUAACUUUGUUCGCCAGCUUCCAAAAACUUAUCCAACAUCUUCGAUCACUUUUGGAGUUCAAAGUUGGUAUGGGUGUUGUCGAUAAUUUCAUUGGAAAAUACGUGGCAACAGUUGUUGGUUUUUAUGCAGUGAGUAUUCCAUUCUUUCAAAAAAAUCACCCAGUGCUUGCCGGCUCACCAGAUCAUCGAUUUAAAAAUUACUAUGAGAAUGGCAGAAUGCUGAUAAAGAUGGCAGAAGCCAUUGGUAGAUUAGUUCUCGCUGGUCGAGAAAUGACACGAUUAGCUGGUUUUACAGCUCGUGUAACCGAAAUCCGUCAAGUUCUUGAUGAUUUAAAUAAAGGAAAAUACACAAGGACUAUGAUCGCAGAUGCUGAAAAUUUUUCAAUCGGUGAAGCGGGAUCAGGAAAAAUAAUUCACAAGGAUAAUGUCAUUUGCUUUGAUCAUGUACCGUUAGUUACACCUAACGGCGAUGUACUAAUUAAUGAUCUUACAUUUGAAGUUAAAUCGGGAAUGAAUGUGCUAGUUUGUGGACCAAACGGUUGUGGUAAAAGUUCAUUGUUCCGAGUGCUUGGCGAGUUAUGGCCUGUAUGGGGCGGAACGGUUACCAAGCCACCGAGUACUAAGCUCUUUUACAUUCCUCAACGUCCUUAUAUGACUCUAGGUACUUUAAGAGACCAAGUUAUCUACCCACAUACUCAGGCGGAAAUGCAAAGACGUAAUCAUGCCAGUGAUGACGAUCUUCAAAAGUUUUUAGAUUUAGUACAACUCGGUCAUUUGUUAGAACGAGAAGGUGGAUGGAAUACGGUCGCUGAUUGGAUGGAUGUAUUGUCUGGAGGAGAAAAACAACGAAUAGCUAUGGCCAGAUUAUUUUACCACAAGCCACAAUUCGCAAUCUUAGAUGAAUGUACGAGCGCAGUAAGCGUAGAUGUUGAAGAUUCAAUGUACUCUUAUUGUCGGCAAGCAAACAUUUCAUUGUUCACUGUAUCUCAUAGACGUUCGUUGUGGAAACAUCAUGAGUAUUACUUGUUAAUGGAUGGUCGAGGAUCUUAUGAAUUUAAACCAAUUGAGCCUAAUACGGAAGAAUUUGGUUCAUGAAUUUUAGUUAACAAUAUUUAAAAUUCUCAAGUAAGGUAACUUGUAUUGAGAAAUUGCAUUCUUAUAAAAUUUUAUUGAUAAGAGGUGAAUAGGUUUUUUUUAUAAUGAAUCGGAAUAAAAACUUCAUUAUUUAAAUGGAGUACUUAGAAUUAAACGAUAGAUCAAUUUUUAGAUAUUAAUAAAUUAAUGCCAAUUAACAUAAAAAUUCGAUUUGUGCACAUUAUUGAAUAAUCAAUUAUAUUAUUAUGCACAUCGGUCUUUACUUGUUUGAUAUUAAAUGAGUAUGUAUUAAUAUAAAUAGAUUUUACUAUUGUAGGAUAUUAGAAAAAGGAUUUUAUAUAUUUUUGUUAGUAAUGUUUCUACUUGAACAGUUUAAUAGUUCUCAAUCUGAUAUUUUUUUAUUAAUUAAUAGUAAUUUCUUAGAUGGAACAUCAAAUUGGAGUAAUUAAUAGUACAUACUAAUCAUUAACAAUUAAUUGUAAUUAUUUUAUUUGUUAAUGGAAAUUUUUUAAUCAUUUAACUUUAUAAACAUUAUACUAUUGAAUAAACAUUGUAAUUACGGAAAACAAACAUCGCAUAAAUUGCUGGACAAUAUUAAUAAAAAAAAAUAUAAAAUUGAAAAAUUAGCGUACAAUUCUUUUAAUACCAAACUAGCAACCUUGCAGUCAUUACAUGACUGCCGUGACUUGUGAACUAUAAAUAAAUAAAAUUUUGCUUUAUUAAAUAAUG